UAUUUACGACAAUUUCCAAGAAUGCGCGUCGUUUAUCUGUCAGAAAGACCGUGGCGAUAUUGGACAAAGGUUUCAAGUCGCAAUUUAAUAAAUUUUCGUAAAAUGUCUGCUAAUUCUCCUCCCGGAAAGAGUGAUGGAAUCGGUCACCCUGUGGACUCUGCUGUGUCCGCUGUCCCGCCAAAUCCCGUCGAAAGCUUAGGAGCUAGAAUAAGGGAUUUGGAUGUAGAUUCUAUUCGGCGCUACUUGGCCCAAAAACUGGGAUUUUAUGAACCUUCAGAACCAAUAGCGCAAGUUGAAAAAGUCUUAGAUGAAGUUAGUUUGGAUGGUAUUGUCAAGUGGAUUAAAAAUGUUAGAUGCAAAAACAUUAUAACAUUGGCAGGAGCAGGAAUAUCUACAUCGGCCGGGAUACCAGAUUUUCGCAGUCCCGAAACAGGAUUAUAUCACAAUCUGCAAAAGUAUAAUCUUCCUGAACCGCAAGCAAUAUUUGAAAUAAACUUCUUCAGGCAGAAUCCUAAACCAUUCUUCACCCUAGCAAAGGAAUUGUUCCCUGGAAGUUUUAAACCAACUUUAUCACACUACUUUAUUAAGCUUUUGCAUGAUAAAGGUUUACUUCUUCGUCACUACACACAGAAUAUUGACACACUGGAACGUGGUGCUGGCAUUCCAGAGGACAAGAUUGUCGAAGCUCAUGGUACUUUCUACACCUCCCACUGUUUGGAUUGUCGAAAGGAGUAUGGCCUAGAUUUUGUCAAAGAGCGUAUAUUUGCUGACCAAAUUCCUAUAUGCACGGAGUGUCCGGGAGUAGUAAAACCAGACAUAGUGUUCUUCGGUGAGAGUCUACCGGAACGGUUCCAACAGUGCCUACAAGAGGACUUCCAGCAGUGUGACAUGCUCAUCAUCAUGGGCUCAUCCCUUGAAGUACAGCCAUUUGCCUCGCUUAUUGAUAUGGUUCCAGAGUGGUGUCCGCGGCUCCUCAUCAACCGGGAGAGAGCAGGUGUUAGGUCGCCGCUGUUAAGACUAUGGGGUCUCAUGGGCGGAGGGCUGCAGUUCGAUGAAGACGCUAUCCGCGACGUGGCGCGACUUGGGGACUGUGAUGAUGGCUGUCAAGAUCUCGCUGAUAGACUUGGUUGGGGGGACGAACUACGUGCUUUGGUGGCGCGCGAACACGAACGGCUUGACCUUGAAGGUCGCGCGACUGCUCCCCACGUGCCUGUACCAACUGCUGUAGAUCUCCCAGGACCCUCCAUCGAGCCCAAACUAUGAGUAUACCACCUAUAUGAACAUUUAGUAAUGAAGAUAGCACAGUAAGCCUGGGCUUAGCUCUCUUCAACACUUAUAUAUGGUGUUUAAAAAUAUAUUGCAAAUUAUUACAAUUUCUUACAAUUGGUUAAAUUGACAGUGCGGGAUAAAGUCAGGUUACUUGACUGAUUAUAACAAAUUCACUAAGAGUUAACCAUAAUGGUCUUCUCCUCCUUCUAUAAUAGGAUAUUAAUCUACAAGUAAUCAAUUUCGAGUUUUUCCUUUGUUGAGAUGAAAAAAUAUCUAUCCUAUUUAAGAGCUGCCCUCUUGUUGGUGGAGCUCUUGCCACUCACUACGAUUUUUAGCGAGUCUCUUCACCUCUUGAUACGACACGACACCAACUUUUUCCUUGAUGCCAGAUGUAACUGUGCCUUAGUGUCCCAUAAUAAAAAAAUAAUAUGUAAGUAAUUUAUAACACAUUUGUAUCGUGAGUGGGGUUAAAACUGAUUGUACUCUAAAAAUUUGCACUUAAUGUAGAAUUUGUUAUGAUGAGCCAAUUGACGUUUUUUUAUACUGUGAAGAUGGCAAAUAAGCAUACAGCCCGUCUAAUGGUAAACGAGGGUUACCAUUACAUUAUCAGCCAUUAAACAAAAAAAAAGUAUAGUCCCACAUAAAUCAUAGAAAUAAUAUUACUUUACUAUUCUAUAUUUUUAUGAAACACACUGUAUGAGUUUAUUUUUAAUACCACUCUGUAUAACACCUAUGUAGGUCCAUGUUUUUUAGACUUAAGAAAAGGAUAUUUUCGUGCAAUGUUAUAUUGUCCCGCCUGCGCUGUCGGUAUACACUGGCGGGGCACCAGUGAGGGAUGAUAGGUGAAGAUGAAGCAAGUCAGUUUGGCCCAUCAUGUCGAAUUCAAUAGUAAAUCGAUCACGAUGGUUUUCAGGGAAACCGCGAGGAUGUCAACCUGAUUGAGCAUAUUGCUAGCAAGGGGGACAUUUGAUCCUAUUACUAACCCCUCCCCGACAUCAUAGUAAGUAGUAAUUAAAAGAUGUGCGCCUGUCUCCUUCCUACAUAUUAAAUAUGUCAUAAUGUCAUAACGAGUAACAAUUGUUGGGAUUAAAGUUAAGUUGGGAUCAAAAAGUACAUUCUAGCUAUUUUGGUCUGUUACUUGAUACAGCAUUAGCUGUAAGGAAGAAGUCGCAAAUUCAUUUUAUUAAGUAUAUUUUUUAUUCUAUCAAAAAAAAUAUAGGUAUAAAAUUAUUCGAAUAGCACCGAUUUACUAUUGGAAUAUUAAUUCUAAAAUAAUAUUCGAAUACAAGCCCUACUCCCAAUUUAUUUGCAAUAUAUUUUUAAUCACCAUAUAUGUUGUUAUUAUUAUUUUGUUGUUAUAUCUUUAUAUCUACAGACUUAACUCAUAAUUAGUAAGGGUUUGAAAUUAUGAUAUUCUAAUUUAUUUAUAUUGACUAUUAAUACAUGCAUUAAAUACAAUUUUUGUUUAUGACUUGUGUAAUUUAUGUGACAAAUGUUGACGUUUCGUCAAAUAAUAGUAAAUAUCUUUUCUUUUUUCUUUAGUUUUAAAUUUUAUAUCUUGACUGAGUCCUACAUGUAACAACUUUGUAAAUUUGUAACAGUGUAACGAAUUUACAAAGUAGUGAUAACUAUGAUGAGUUUAGCAUAUAUUUACAUUAAAAUGUUUUGUCUGUAGAUAUGAAACACCGUUUAUUUUUAUUAAACUAUACAAUAAUUAAAUUUUCUAAAGUAUACUUAAUAUGAUCAUACAUUUUUAUUUGUCAGUUUUAUUAGUUACUAAAUCGGUAACGACUUGAAACUAGAGUAUAUUGUGAUUGAAAUAUGAUUGACAAGCUUAUGAAAAUAUAUUUGUAUAUAGUAUUGUAUAUAUCAGGAGCUAACUGAUAAAAUUAUAGAAAAUAUUUCAUUUAUAAAUAAGCAAUGGAACAUAGAACGACAUAUAAAAUAUAAUAUAAAAAAAUAAUGAUUGAUGAAUAAUAAGUGACUACUAUUUCAAUUAUAUCAAGCUUUCUAUACGGCAUAAUGGUUUCAACAAAAAAGUAAAAAUGCUGAUAGUAAUUUUUAGUAUGGAUUUACUUUAAUGCAUAAUAAAUGAAGUACACAUAAAAUAAUGACCUAAAUAUAAAUACUGCAACAUUAAUAUAAACGAGCCAAUAUUGUACUUAAGUAUGCGAUCAUUCAAGUAUAUAGUUGAAACAUUUACAUACAUUUUACGGGUUGGUCAUUUUAUUUUAAAUGUUAGAUAAUAAAUAUAAUAGCAAUAUUAGCUAUAAAUAAAAUAUCAUAAUGGUAUAUAUUUUAUUUUCGCCAAAAGUAUAUAUACCAGAGAAUUGCAAUGAAAUUAUGAAGUAGUAAGAAUUAUUUAUACAUUGUCCAAUAUAUAUAAAAUUAUACAUUAUCAGAUUAUCUAAAUUUGGUCCUCGCUACGUAAUGUAUAAUUAUAGUAAUAGUUGAUUGUAUUUAUUUGUGUAAUAAUAGUCUAAUUAUAAUAAUUUAUUUUUAUUGAAAUAGCACGUUUAAUUUUAGUGGGGAAUGUGAUUAGUGUUUUUGAUAUCGGGCUGUCGUCUUUGUGACUUUGAAGUUUUAAUUAAGAAUGUAUUGAAUUGUGAUUUUUUUUUUCUAUUAAAAAAAAAAAUAUAGUGUGAAUAAUGUCAUCAUAGUUACUUGUAUAUUUUUUUUUUUUAAUAUUGUUUUACUUUAGGACAUUAGAUUUUUGUGGUAUCAUGCCCCAAUAAUAAAAAAAUCACGCUUCAAUGUUCUUAGAGAAUAAAGGGAUUAGCUUUGAUCAAAAUAAGAAUAGAAAUGUUAACGUGAUAGAACAUCGUCAAGCUGUCAACUGCAACCGGAGUCUGUUCUGAAGUGCCAUAAAUACCUAUCACCUAAAAAGUGUAUUCAAAGUUAAUAAUUAAGCGAAAGUAUUACGUUACGGAUAAAGAUCAUCAAGAAUUACUUUAUAAUUGAAACCUUGACGAAAGAGUAUUCCUUAAUAAAAGGACGGCAAUAUGUCUGCAAUCUCCCUAAUGUUGCGGGGGUAUCUAUGGGGGGCAGUAGUCACUUACCAUUAGUUGAGCAACAUGCUCGUUUGCCCCCUGUUAUAAAAAAAAUUGUUCAUACUGAUUCUUACAAUAAUAAUUUUCCUGUAAUAUUAAACAAAAAAAUUAAUUUUAGAUAGAAAAAGGAACGCUUCAGAAUUCUAGUGUAAUAUUAACAAAGAUUGGCAUUGCUACUGCAUUAGCGCGUACAUUGAAAACUAGCGCCUCUAGCGGAUGUUUUCGGAAACUUGCAACGGAGUUUACAUCUAUAUGUAUAAACGUCAAGUAUUAGAAAAGUAAAUCUUUGUACGACUCAUAUUGUCCAUUCAGACAGAACCGACUUCACUGAAAACUUCAAGAAUAUUGUUGAUGUAAUUUUUUUUUCAUUUAUGAGUUUCUUCUUGUCGGUACAACUAAUUCAUGCACCUUCUUCCAGCCAGGUCUAUCCCAGGCCAUAUCCUUGACCUCCCCAUACGACAUUACACCUAGUGUUUCUUUUAUCUGUCCCAUGUAGUUAGUAAUUCCUUGGUCGUCCCCUUCCUCUUUUGCCUUCUACUUUUCCUUCUACUAUGCUCUUAAAAAAAUCGUCAUAACGUAUAAGAUGGCCCAGCAUUUUGCCUCUUCUAUUUUCUACUGUUUUAAUUAAUGUUCGUUUCUCAUUCACUCUUUUCAGGACUUUCUCAUUUGUUAGUUUUCUGUCCAGCUUAUUUUGAAUUUUGGUUUUAUUUGUGUUAAUUUUGAAUGACAUUUCCUUAAAAAUUGUAUCCAUAAAAUUUAAUAAUAUUUCUAAAUCUUUACGUGUUUCUGCUAUGUCAUCGGCGAAUCUAAUAAAUUUAAUUACUUCCCAUUGAACUGGACACCUUUAUCUGUAUGUUCUAAAAUUUUUCUUAAAGCUGUCUCUAUAAAUAUGUUAAAUAUGAGUGAAGACAACGAACAACCAUGUCUUACUCCUUGACGAAUUUUUGCUUUUCCUUUCUCCUCUUCUAUCUCUAUUAAUAAUAUAUAAUACUUAAUGUAAAAUUAAAUAGUUAAUGUAAUAAUACUAAAUAAAAUUACCACUUUCCAUCAGAUAGGCCGUCAGCUUGUUUGUCAUUCUAAGUUGCAUAAAAAAUGGACAAACGUCAAAAAUACAAAUAUUAUGUUAUAUAUAUCAUAAUUUUAGCACUAAAUUAAAAUAUUCAACAAAAAACUGAACCACGUUGCGUCAGAAUUGCUUUACAUUUAUUUCUCGAUGGUCCGCACCCAAAUAAUUUACUAAACUGUCAAAUUAAAAAUUUAUUUUAAAAAUUAAUUUAUAGAAUGGUACUCCAAAAUAGGCCCAGCUGUUUUCGUUAGUUCGCAUGAAAAGUAUAUUUACAUCUCUUUUUCAGAUACCUAUAUAGUCAUACCCAUUAUUCAUGACACUAAAGUCUCUUCAAAACCUAUUAUAGCUAUUGAAGUGCUUUGUCACUUUCUUUCAAAUUAAGACUAGCGUAAGAGAAAGACAAAAUAUUUCACUAGCUAAAAUAGGUUUAUUAGAGGUUUGAAGUUUUUAUGAAAAAGGGAGUUAGAGUGGCAGGUAUGCUAGACGUCACAACAUGGCGGCAACUCAGUUCCAUUCUUAUUUUGAUCGCAUUAUAUUUAAGUUUAUAGUUUUCUUAAACGCAUAUAUUCUUAGAAUUUGUAUUCUUUCUUGAUUUUUUUAUACAUAUUUAGAUUAUAAUGAGCUAGUAAAUAUACACGUAUCAAAUGAUGAACUUAUGUAAAAUGUAAAUUUUGAUGCACCAUUUAAAAAUUAUUGUUAUGCGGAAAUAUUCUGCAGUGCAGUGUAUUUAUUUGCUCUUUUUCUAAAUUAACUAUUUAAAAAUAAGGUAGAUACAAUAAUAAUAAUAUGCAGUAAUACAUAAUCAGUUAACAAACCUUUUUAUUCUAGAUAUCUAUUCCUGUUGUUAUGUUGUUACAACAAAUUAUACUUUGCAGCAUAUAUAUAACUAUUGUAUCUACGAUGGUUGCCUACAGCACGAAAACUGUACUAAAUUAACUCAUGACUAUAUAAAAGGGUAGUUAUCAAAUGGUAGAGAAAACUCCAAAUAAAGUAGUGUAUAAUUAGAAAAAAGAUACAUUUCACUUUGGAUAAUCUAGGUGUCAAUUUAAUAGUGUUGUUUCAGAGAUUCAUAUGCGCAACCAACACUAUUCCAAAUUCGAACAAAGUUUCGUGGACAUUUAAAAUUAAAUUCUCAUUUCAAAAUAAAUUUGUCCCAUGAGGCUUUGUAUUUGGAAUAGAAUGUAUUUUCGUACCAUAUUUAAAAUGAAUGUUACUUUUGCCUUAAAAAUUGUAUCAUAGAUCUCAAAUUCAUAACACAAUAUAUACUUAUUUUAUAACCAUUGUAUUUCAAUAAAUGUAUAUUUUAUUAUUUCCUAGUAUUAUCAAUUUGGUUUUAUCAUUUUAAUAUAAAAAUUUCAUUUUAUAUAAAAAUUUAAUCCGAGGCCACUUAUCAAGAAAAGCAAUAAUAAUUCAUGAAGGUUUUUAAUUGAAACAAACAACUAAUAUACAGAUUCACAUCUGUAAUGUAAAUGUAAGCGGCUAUGAGAAACGAAAAAAGUUAAAAGUUUUAUUUAAAGUUCCUAUUUAAUUUAAUCUAAUCAAAAUUAAAGGCCCACAACUAUAUAGUAGUCGCCCGUUUCUGUAUAUUAGCCGCUCCACAUAUCAUUCAAUGGUAAAUACAACCUUACAUGUAGUUGGUUAAUAGCCGUACUCCAUACAAAAAAUUAACGUUUUCCAUUUAUAAUUUCAAUAUGAUGUUGCCUAUAGCCGGCUGCAAAUGGAAAUAAGCUUUCAUUUACUUUCAUUACCUGCUAAACCCUGUGAUUUGAUAUAAUUUUACAUAAUAGCCAGUUCCUAGAUAGUAGGGAUGGUAUCGUUAUUUUAGUAGGUAUCGUUUUACUAGGUAAACUCUAUUACAGAUUUGAUUCAGUGCGCUUAUUUAUCUAUAUAACGUAACAACGUAAAAUGUGACAAUGAGCUUUCGCAACUCGGUAUUUAACAAUCGAUUUUUACAAAUGAAUAUUUUUUAUCAUAAUAUAGUAUCUAGAUGACCGAG